AUGGAGCGACUAGUCUCAACACGUGUAAACACACGAUCUUCGCUAGCUUGUCUCGAGUGUCGGACAAAGCAUGUGAAAUGCGAUGCUAAACAGCCACGAUGCGGUCGGUGCUUGGCGUAUGACAAGGCGUGUCAGUAUACGGCUUCGAGACGUGGUGGUCUUGAUCGAGCUGCUUUGACUGAGAGACGGAGACGGCUGGCUAAUAAGGCUGAUGGGCAGUCGGAUAAGUCUAUGGCGGAGAUUUCUUUGCCGAUUUCUGCUGAAGGAGUUACUUUGGGCGAUGAAGCUGUGACUGGGGCGGAUUGCAUGGAGGUUUUUGAUGCGAGCUUACCUGUUCUAACGCCUGUACCAGAGAACUGCGAAACACCAAACUUCAGCCACGGUAGUCUCAUCGAUGAUGCCCUGGUAAAGUCGUACUAUACCAACUUUCACCACUUACAUCCUUUCGCUCCCCCAUACAAACACUUAGUUCAACUUUCCCAGACGUCAACUUUCAACUUCAAUCCCCUCAUAGCCUCCAUGCGGCUAAUCGGCCAUAUCUACGACACCCACCAAUGGUCAGAAUCACUAAGCAGAGCCGUCGAAGCUCAAAUAUCCCAGCUCAAACCAUCAGAUGCCGUUCAAGUCCAGGCUCGUUUACUAUACUCAAUCGCUUUGUUCUGGUACACCUUCAAAGCUGAAGCAAAAGAGCAGAUGGAUGCUGCAAUCGAUGUGGCCAUGAAGUUAGAGAUGCAUAAGAAGGAGUUCGCUGCUACAUGGGGCUUUGGAGAUCCGAUCAUGGUGGAGUGCUGGAGACGGACGUGGUGGAUGCUCUUUAUCGUGGAUGCCUCAUACGCUGGGACACUGGGGACGAUGAACUUCAAGACUUUACACGUCGAACCUACCGCAGAACUUCCUUGUGAAGACGCAUAUUAUGAAUCAGGUAUGAUUCCUAUACCGAAGACUUUACAGGACUUUGAUUCUCGUGAAUUCGAUAGCGAAGACGUGGUAUUCUCGUCCUUUGCCUAUCUCAUCGGUGCAACACGCUGUGCAGCACAAGUAAUUUGCAUGUCACCAAAACGCGCUACGAGGGAACACUCGGAGGCCAUCAUACAAUCAGCUGAUUCUGCAUUCGACGCCUGGCUGCUACUACUCCCAAAGGACAAAAAGCCUGUACUGAAGGCAGAUGGAACCAUUGACGAGUUGAUGUUUCAAGCUCACCUACUUAUCCAUGUACCAUUAUCGGAUCUGAGAUUCAAUCCUGUUGAAAAGGUAUCCAGUUGCGCUCGAGAACCACCAGCAGAUACACCCAAGCCAGAUCUCAUCAACGUACACACAACGCGAAUUCUCAAAUCAGUCAAUGCGCAGAUUCAACUCUUAGCACUACCCGUCCGCCCAUUCCAUCACACCCCUUUCACAACAUGCAUGGUCAGCGAAGGAACGCUCGCCCUCCUCUCAGCAUGUACAUACAUGCUCAAAGACCAAGCAUUGGCAGUAGCGCGAGAUCAGAUACGCUUGACUAUAGGAUGUCUCAAGGCUGUAGGUUCCGAGUUUGACGCAGAGUGA